AUGACCAGCAGGUAUGCAACUUUCUAUUUCUUCUUCGAGCAACAUUCUCCUCGCACACCGCUAGUCAAAGUUCCUUGGACCUUACUUUGCGGUCUAGGGAACGAUCACGUGGCUAGCGCCUUCGGCCAACGUCUCACUUUAUAUGGAACGGCAGUCCAGCAGGGAGAAUCUUCCCACAAAAAACACUUCACACUCGCCUUACCCGGGGCGGAACUCGGCUUGAACAAGAUUCAGGGCUCCUUGCAGGUCACUUGGAAGAACAAAGCUGAAGUCAAGAUCCUGGAUACAGAGCUCUUUCCAGCGGCAGAUAAAGUAGCUAAUGUGGAAACGUCGACUCUGCAGCAAGGCCCGUGCCACACUCAACGUCCCACUAUCACCAUUCCAGGACUAAAAGUCGACAUAGCCAACAUCCAAGGCACCAUACAGAUUAUAUGGAAGGAUGUGGCCAGUAACAAGAUACUGGCCACGGAGCUCUCCGCUGUUGAUAGCGUAGCAGAUAGCGGCACACCAUCAGUCCCCCAAGCAGAUUCUUCCAGCAUUCAAAAUUCCGUCAUCGCGUCCGAUGAGCGUUCGAUGCCGGCCACGGCUACUCCCAAGCCGGCUGCCAGAACUGAACCAAAUCAAGUUACGUCUAGACACGAGAUCUUGGAGUUGAGAUCGACAAGACCCAUCAAAGUCGUCCCCUCCUUGCAGGAUAGACUCACAGCUCUUCACUCGGGAUACGCGGCAUCCCAACUCUCAAUCCCCGACAGCAGCUCUAUAGUCAUCCCUUCCACUAUUCGUACUGAAACAGGCCCCAGUUGUGCUCUCAGCCGCGAAAGCGCGAGCAGAAUCAAUGACCAGGGGCUCUUUUUCUUUGCGUGUAAGGGACCUGGACGUCAUAGCUGGCGAUACUCUCGAGGCUUCACUUACACAGAUGUCGAGAAUGCGAAUAUAGUAGUGUGCCAUGUCGAAAACAUCGUGAAUGCUAUCCCAGCUGCGAACCUCUGUAAGUGA